UCGGCGCUCCGCGUCCCGCGCCUGCCGCAGCCUCGGCGCCUGAAGGCCGGGAGGAGCGCGGCGCGGGGCCCUCCAGACACAAAGAGCGGCUGCAGGACGCGGGUGGGAGAAGAGCGCUCGCCCGCUCCCUUGGCCUGUACGCGCGCAGGCGGAACCGGAGACGCCUCCACGCCCAGCCUGCGAUGGGAUGGACGAAGAGGAAGAGAGCCACUAUGUCUCGCAGCUCAGGGACGUCUACAGCAGCUGUGACACCACGGGGACAGGCUUCUUGGACCGGGAGGAGCUGACCCAACUCUGCCUGAAGCUUCAUCUGGAAAAGCAGCUGCCUGUCCUUCUGCAAACACUUCUCGGAAACGACCACUUUGCCAGGGUUAACUUUGAGGAAUUUAAGGACGGUUUCGUGGCCGUCUUGUCAUCACAGGCUGGUGUCGGCUCCUCAGAUGAAGACAGUGGGUCUUUGGAGCCAGGUGCCCCCCGGGCCGUCCCCCCAAAGUACGUGAGCGGCUCUAGGUGGUAUGGCCGUCGGAGCUGUCCCGAGCCCUGCGACGCUGCGGGUGGAGCCCCGUGUUUACCGGAGCAACCUGCCAGGCCCAGUGUGAGAAGCCAACUCCGACGCUCCGCCUCCCUGGAAAGUGUGGAGAGUCUCAAGUCCGAUGAAGAAGCUGAAAGUGCGAAGGACCCUCAGAAUGAGUUGUUUGAAGCACAAGGCCAGCUGCCAACCUGGGGUUCUGAGGUCUUCGGGAGCCUCCGGAAGCCCUGCAGCUCCUCCUUCGACACCCCCGAGAGCCGGGUCCGGGGCCUCUGGGAAGAGCUGGGUGUGGGCAGCAGCGGCCACCUUACCGAGCAGGAGCUGGCCCUGCUCUGCCAGAGCGUCGGGCUCCAGGGCCUGGAGAAGGAGGAACUUGAAGACCUGUUCAACAAGCUGGACCAAGACGGCGAUGGCAGAGUGAGUCUAGAGGAAUUCCAGCUUGGCCUGUUCAGUCAUGGAUUCCCUCAACUUCUGGAAUCUUCCACACUUGUCAAGCCGAGCGGGUCCUGGUCUCAUUACCAGGUCCCAGAGGAGGGUGGUGGCCAGACCACCACGUCAUCCCUCGUGUCCGUGAGCUCGGGCCCGCGCCUCCUGUGCAGCGUGGACGACGGUACCGGCUUCGCGUUCCCGGAGCAGAUCGUCACCCUGUGGGCCCAGGAGGGGCUGCGCAACGGCAGGGAGGUCUUGCAGAGCCUCGACUUCAGUGUGGACGAGAAGGUGAACCUUCUGGAGCUGGCCUGGGCCCUUGAGAACGAGCUCAUGAUGGUGGGCGGUGCCACUCAGCAGGCAGCCUUGGCCUGCUACCGCCAGGAGCUGAGCUUCCGCCAGGGGCAGGUGGAGCAGAUGGCCAGGGAGCGGGACAAGGCGAGGCAGGACCUGGAGAAGGCAGAGCAGAGGCACCUGGAGUUUGUGAAGGAGACGGACGACCUCCACUCUGCCCUGGAGCAGCUCGCAGAGGAGAAGGUCAGACGCCUGGAGCAGGGGUACAGGGGGAGGCUGAGUCUCCUGCGGUCCGAGGUGGAGGUGGAGCGCGAGCUGUUCUGGGAGCAGGCCCGGCGGCAGAGGGCUGCGCUGGAGGAGGACCUGCAGCGCCUUCGGGCCGAGGAGGCCAGCCUCCGCCAGAAGCUGAGCCUGGCCCUGAAGGAAAACAGUCGACUGCAGAAGGAGGUGAUUGAAGUCGUGGAGAAGCUCGCAGAGUCGGAGAAGCUGGUCCUGAAGCUGCAGAAUGAUCUGGAGUUUGUGUUGAAGGACAAGCUGGAGCCACAGAGCACGGAGCCCCUGGCCCAGGAGGAGCGGUUCUCAGAGGUCCUGAACGAGUACAAGCUCAAGUGCCGGGACCUGCAGGACUGCAACGACGAGCUGCAGGCUGCACUGGAAGGCCUGCGGGCACAGCUGCCCCCGAGUCGGCACGGCCAGCUGCCCCCGGGACAUGCGGCAGGCAUUGUCACGUUUGUGGGUGAUUCCGUCCCAGUGAGUAUAGAGACGGAGAUAAUGUUGGAGCAGGUGAAGGAACGUUACGAAGACCUCGAGAUCCAGCUGGAGACCAAGGUGAAUGACUAUGAAAGGGAGAUGGAGGUGAUGAAAAGGGCCUUUGCGGAGGAGAGAAAGGAGCUGGAGAGGGCCUUCAAGCUCGAGGUUGGCAUGCUGCAGGGUCAGAAGGCUGAGCUGGUGACGCUGCACCAGGAGUCGCAGGAGGUUGUCCAAGGCCUGCAGGACCGGCUGCAGCGGGCCGUGGAGCUGGAGCGGGACCACGCACGGCAGCUGGCCCAGGAGAGGGACCAGCUGGAGGAGGCGCUGCAGCGGGUCAGAAUCAAGUUGGAUAGGCUUUCUGAAGAAAACACGUUUUUGAAAAAUGAGCUGGCGAGGAUCCAGCAAGAGCUUGACGCUGCAGAAAGGACAGAGGCUGCCCAGAGGAAGGAAGUUGAGGUUUUAAAGAGAGAGAAGGAAAAGGCCUGCUCUGAGAUGGAAGAGCUCUGCACACAGAGUCAGAAAUGCAAGGAUGAAUUGUCCCAGCUCAACCACAGGGUCCUGCAGCUGGGAGAGGAGGCCUCUACCCACCAGGCCCAGAGCAAGAAGAAUCACAUUACUGUUCAGCUGCUGACACAGAGACUGGAGGAGGCGGCGUGCCGGGAGGAGCUGCAGGAUAACCAAAUCCAAAAACUUGAACUUGAACUUGAACACGUGACUCAGGAACGGCAGAGCCUGAGACUGGCACAGUCACAGCUGAGAGAGGCCCUCGAAGAGAGUCGGGACCAGCUGUACGGGGCCACCAUGAGGCUGAGGCUGGCCCGGUCCCAGCACGCCCACGCGGUCCAGCAGCUGCAGGAGCAGAUGGUGCCUCGGGGCCGCGUGGCUGAGCUGCAGCAGCUGCUGGAAGGGGAGCGGCAGGCGGCUCGGCAGCUCCAGGAGGAGGAACGGGAAGCACAUGAAAAACAGCUGAAAGCCGCAGAAGAGCGGGUGGAGGAGGUGGAAAUGAUUUUGAAGAACGUGGAAGCGCUCCUCCAAGAGAAAGUGUGUGAGCUGAAGGAGCAGUUUGAAAAGAAUACACGAUCUGAUUUGCUGGUCAAGGAGCUCUAUGUGGAAAAUGCUCACCUAAUGAAAGCGCUUCAGGUCACUGAAGAGAAGCAACGAGGUGCUGAGAAAAAAUCCCGAUUCUUGGAAGAAAGAGUUAGAGCUCUCAACAAACUACUCAGUAAGAUCGCUUCAGCAUCUCUCUGUGUAGACUGCUUUUCUCCCUGGAGUUCAUUUUGAAAGAACAUCUUUUCAAAGUAAACCACUGUGAUGCCAUAACUUCUAUGGCUCACUGGCCGCACACCCCUGGACAGAUGAGGAUUAUGACUCUCUGUUCGCCCCACAAGCAUUUAAUGAAGGUCGACUAUGUGCCAGAUGCUGGGGAAACAGACAUGUUGGAAAAGACUAUAUAUUUUUUUAGUGGUCCCUAGGUAAAAUUCCUAAAUUUGCUGCUUACUAGUGAAACAGGUUAUGGGGGCUCUCAGCAAGGUAAAUGGUAAAAUAGUUUUGAUGUUUUACUUCUGACCUUGGUUACAGAGACUAAAAUGCAAAGUCAGGGCUCUGCAGUUCUGCCAUUUCACUGUUGCUGCUCUGGUUGAGUCACUGGCAUUCUCCAUAGUGGGUGGAUACAGACACUCCAGAAAUGCUUCACUGCCUGUGACUGUCAACUGGCGAUGAGGGAUAGAGGAGGGGAAGCCCCUUUGUCGGGGUCAGCUCCACUGCAGGGAUGUUUGGACAGUGCUCGUUAUUUUAGGGCUGUGGACUCAGGGAGGAUGGUUUCUAUUGUGAAUGCAAUCUUUUCCUCACUGAAGUGUCAUCACACUGGAAAGUAUAUUAUAUGUAAAAAAAAAAAAAAAAGUAUAGUUUUAUAUCCAAAAUAUACAUAAAUUAUGGCCAUUUGGUUUAUCAGAAUAAACUGCUGUAAUAUGA